GGGCGGGCGCGGGGAGCCGGUGGCGAGCGACCAUGGCUCCGUCUGCGUCUCCGUGGCUGCGGCUGCUCGUGUUCGCCGCCGUCCUGUGCGCGGCCGCGCUGACCCGGGCCCAGCGCAGGCUGGGCGCGCCGGAGGAGGCCUCCGCGGACGACCAGGAUGUGCGCGACGCGCUGCGCUUCGCCAUGAAGGAGUACAACCGAGGCAGCAACGACAUGUACGCCAGCCGCGUCUCCGAGGUGAUCAGUGUCAAGAGGCAGCUUGUCUCUGGAGUCAAGUAUAUCAUAGUCACUGGAGUCGGGCGAACAACCUGCACCAAGGCCGUGGCGGAUGUUGAGAACUGUGCUUUCCACACAGCCCCAGGACUGGCCAAGCACAUGACCUGCACCUUUGAAGUCUACACAGUCCCUUGGCAGAACAAGAUCUCCCUGUUGCGUACCAGCUGCAACUGAACAUGCCUCAGCUUUGGCAAAGAGAAGCAAACUGCUGUUCCGAUGAAGGUUUCCGUAUUCGAGAAAAGCAAUAAUCCAGAUAACGCCUUAAGUGAGAGUUUCUGCCACUAACUCAAAACUGCUUGUGCCUACUUGUUUUGAAGCAAGUUCUUCCUCUUGAAGCACUUUCUAAACCUUGUUUUCUCAUUUAUAACACUGUUUGUAGCCGGCUUCCUUCCUUAUGCUGAACCGAUGGAGAGAAAAAUAAACGUUGGCUCUGUCAAGGUUUUGCA